CCGGGUCAUUCAGGUACCGGAUUGUCUGGCUCGACAGCGGGCAUCGGGUCACCAGGUAUGACAGCGGGCACUGGGUCACCAGGCAUCAGGUCAUUUGGCUCGCCAGCGGGCACCGCGUCAUCUGGCAAGGCAGUGGGCACCGGGUCACCAGGCAUUGGAUCGUCUGGCUCGACAGCGGGCAUCGGGUCACCAGGUAUGACAGCGGGCACUGGGUCACCAGGCAUCAGGUCAUUUGGCUCGCCAGCGGGCACCGCGUCAUUGGCAAGGCAGUGGGCACCGAGUCACCAGGUACGACAGCGGCUCUGAGUCAAUUGGCACGACAGCGGGCACCGGAUCAGGUACCGGAUCAUCUGGAUCAACAGCGGGCAUCGAGUCAACUGGCCUAAUAGGAUCGUCAGGCUGGAUCAGUUCAUCAUGCUGGGCAGCAGGCCGAGUACAGGCAUCAGGCUGAGUACAGGCAUCAGGCUGAGUAGAGGAUUCAGGCUGAGUAGAGGCUUCAGGCUGAACCACGGAAGGCAGGUUCACCAG